AUGGCACAGGCUCACGAAACCACUGCGGCCGAGCAGUUGGUAAACAUGCAGGCUGAGGCAAACCAAAAGCCGCAUCUCUUCGGCGCCUCCGUGAACGAUGCCAACGUCGGCGCAAACGUCCAUGUCGCAGACGAAAAGGAAAUUAUCGAGAAGCAAAGCGGCAGUAACAGCUCUGGUGCUUCCGUGCGCCUAGCCGACCACGAGGAAGAAGAUGGUCUUGGUGGUGUCGCGCCCACGGCUGAGGAGCUCCGCACUCUUCGCAAGGUCGGCGAGCCUCUACCCAAGUCUGCUUUCUUGGUAGCUGUUGUCGAGCUCUGUGAGCGCUUCACGUACUAUGGUGCCUCGGGUCUUUUCCAAAACUACAUUGCGCGCCCGCGUAGUGGAGAGCUUGGUCGUGGUGCGCUCGGCAUGGGUCAUCGGGGCGCCACCGGUCUUUCGACGUUCUUCCAGUUCUGGUGCUAUGUUACUCCGAUUCUUGGUGCCAUUAUCGCUGAUCAAUACCUCGGAAAAUACAACACCAUCGUCAUCUUCUGCGGCGUGUACAUGGUUGGUCUCCUCAUUUUGACAUGCACAUCCAUCCCAGCGGCUCUUGACCAUGGCGCCGGACUCGGUGGUUUCAUCGUUGCCAUCAUCGUUAUCGGUCUAGGAACUGGCGGUAUCAAAUCGAACGUUGCACCGCUCAUCGCGGACCAGUAUAACAGGAAAAAAAUGGUCAUUGGCCACGACAACAAUACUGGCGAAAAAUUCAUCAUCGACCCUGCAAUCACCAUCCACAGGAUCUACAUGGUGUUCUACUUUUGCAUCAACGUCGGUUGCUUGUCCCUGCUCGCUACACCCUACAUGGAGCGCGAUAUCGACUUCUGGUCCGCCUUCCUGCUGUGCCUCUGCGUCUUCUUCGUGGGUACGCUCGUCCUUGUUCUCGGUCGCAAGGUCUACGUUGUUCGACCACCGCAGGGCUCUGUCAUCACUGAUGCUUUCCGCGUCAUGUGGUUGAUGAUCAAGACGCGCAAGAUGGAUGGCGCAAAGCCCUCGUAUCAGGCUGGACUUGGAAAGACCACUGUGCUGCGCUGGGAUGACCACUUUGUUGAGGAAGUGAAGCGUGCGCUUGUAGCUUGCAAGGUUUUCUGCUUCUAUCCCAUCUACUGGGUCGUCUACGGUCAAUUCUCGAACAACUUCAUCACCCAAGGUGGACAGAUGGCCACCCACGGCAUUCCCAACGAUCUGAUGCAGAACUUCGACCCCAUCGCAAUCAUCGUAUUCCUGCCCCUCGUCGACCAGGUGCUAAUGCCCUUCCUCCGCAAGAAGAAGAUCCCCUUCCCUCCCAUCAACCGUAUCGUAACCGGGUUCUGGGUCGCUUCCCUCGCCAUGGUUUACGCCGCCGUCAUCCAAUACUACAUGUACCAAACCGGCCCCUGCUACGACCAUCCCAACUGUGAGGCAGCAAAGGGCGCCGACGGCGUCCUCCACGGCAACAACAUCCACAUCGCCGCGCAAACCGGCGCAUACAUGCUCAUUGGUAUCUCCGAGAUCUUCGCCUCCGUCACCGGUCUCGAAUACGCAUACACCAAAGCGCCUCCCUCCAUGAAAUCCUUCGUGCAGUCCAUGUACCUCCUCACGAACGCCUUCGGAUCCGCCAUUUCCGAAGCACUCAACCCCGUCCUGUACGACCCGAAUAUCCAGUGGAUGUACGUUGGUCUGGCGGUAACGAGUUUCAUUGCUGGAUGUCUUAUUUGGAUUAUUUUCCACCAUUUGAAUGAGACGGAGGAUGAGAUGAAUCAACUUGAUCGCGAUUAUGACAAGGAUGAGACGUUGAGGAGGAGUAGUGUGCAUGCGGAUCGGACGGUUGGACUGCAUGAUAAGGACGCGGAGAAGGCGUAGGAGAGAUGUGUUGUAUGAUUAUGCGAGUAAACGCGAUUUUUUGGGAGAUGCUAGUGUAGAGGAGAACUGGCAUCGGAUAGUGAAUAAGAUACCCUCACUUUUACAC